AUGUCAGAUGGAAAUGUGACGGUGGCCUCCAAUGUACUCGGCACAAUCGGUACGGUGUUGUGGUGCAUCCAGUUGAUUCCACAAAUAUGGUACAACUACCGUCGUAAGAAGACGGAUGGCUUUCCAGCCGCUAUGAUGCUGCUGUGGGCGAGCUGCUCGGUUCCUAUGGGUGCUUAUUUUAUUUUGCAGCAAGUCAAUAUCCCAUUGCAGGUCCAGCCGCAACUAUUUGGAUUCUUCUCUCUUGUUGCCUGGGGCCAGAUACUUCAUUACAAUCAUGACUACACCCGGAGAAAAGCAAUUACUACAUGCUUUGGCAUCGUCUUGCUGUUUGGUGGCCUUGAGGCUCUGCUUGUUUUGACGUUGCGAAUCCCGUAUAAAAAGGGUGUGACGUGGCCGGACCUGGUUGUUGGAAUCGUUGGUGCCAUUCUCAUCAGCGCCGGGUUGAUACCGCCCUACUUUGAGUUGUGGAAGAGAGAUGGGCGAGUCAUUGGAUUCAACUGGGUGUUUCUGAGUAUCGACACGCUCGGUGGACUGUUUUCACUGUUUGCGCUAGCUGCCCAAGGAUCAUUCGACAUACUUGGUGGAAUCAUGUAUAUCUUGGUCGUCGUUCUUGAAGCGGGCAUUUACAUCAGUCAUUUGAUCUGGCGUUUUCGAUAUCGUCAACUUCGUAAGGAGGCCAAAAUGAGCGGAAGAAGUAUCGAUGAGCUGCUGGAGCUGGGGAGUCGUGAAAGUACACAAUCAUGUCGAUUGAGCAAUUCGGUGGGUCUUGUCAAUCAGGCUCAAACUGGAGACGUGGAAGAACAGGUGGCUGCUUCGCCGAGACAGGAGGCAUGA